CGGACCAAUCAUAGAAGAGGUGGGCGUGUCCCCAUUGUUACUACAGAUACUCGAAGAAGUUUGCUGCGACCUGCUGCUGCACCUAUGAGUCUCCACGUAAAUGAAUAGUGUCGGCCCGCGUGAGACAGACGAGCAGAUUAUGCCGAGAUAAGGAGCAUAUGACCUGCGCUCCGUCCGAUAAUGGCGUGCUAUGGUUCAUCCGCGGAGGAUUUCCCGGACAAAGUGAUGCCCGGAGCGGCUCCUUGCACGUGCAGCAAGAAGUGCAGGGGUCGGAGCAGCACUGUUGUCUUCCUGGGAUUAUUCCUGUUGUCGCUGUCUCUGCACGCAGUCACCCUCGUCUGCUAUUUGGACCUGCGGUCCGAAGUCAAAAGGGAAAUUAUUCACCAGAAGCGGGACUCCAUGAUGAUACUUACCGGGAGUGACCUGGCUGACCCGGCGGCAGUGCUCCCGCCCGGCCAGCCGCGAAUGGACCCCGGCGGCAGCCGCGACGGAGACGGUCAUGAGAAGAGAUUACUGUACAGAAAUGGCGACUUCCACGCCACAGAGGACAGCAGAGGCAUAACUCAGCGAGCGAAAAGGAGUCCCGGCAAGGAGCCAGAAACAGAAUCGACUGGAAAGGAGAAAAGGAAAGACAAGAAAAAAGGGAAGAAAAAGUCUGUGCCAGGACCUCCCGGUCCCCCGGGUCCCCCAGGUCCUCAGGGGCCACCGGGCAUCCCUGGAAUCCCUGGUAUUCCAGGAAAUAAUGUUGUGGGGCCUGCAGGACCCCCUGGACCCCCUGGGCCACAGGGACCACCAGGCGCUCAAGGUCCAGCAGGGGUUCCUGAUAGGAUCAAAACAAAAGAAUUCCAGCCUGCAGUGGUUCAUUUACAAGGACAGGAAACAACAAUCCAAGUGCGAGAAGAUCUGUCUCAAGGGGUCCUUCGGAACUGGAAGAUGGUGUCCAUUCAUCACCGUGUGUUCAAAAUGCACUCUCGCACCGGACAGCUUGAGGUGCUGUUGGACGGUGUCUACUUCAUAUAUAGUCAGGUAGAAGUGUACUACCUCAACUUCACUGACAUCGCCAGCUAUGACGUGAUGGUGGACUCCAACCCGUUCCUCCGCUGCACCUGCAGCAUUGAGACAGGCCAGCGCAAGUUCAACACCUGCUACACGGCUGGGGUGAGCCCGCUCCGUGCCGGCCAGAGGAUCUCCAUACGCAUUGCGCAUGAGUACACACUCAUCAACAUGACCAACCACACCACCUUCCUGGGAAGUGUCAGACUUGGAGAGGCUCCAUCUGCUGGACAGAACGGAUAACUACACAUCCACCAGCACCUUUGCAUGGAGGAGAAACUUUGCUCCGAGCCCUCGCUUUAGUCCACAGUUGCCCUGUCUUUUAAUCCUGCCUGAUGUAAGAUCAGUACAUUGGUUAGAAGCAACUGGUUUCGCACUUGUCUAGAGGACACUCUGGGCUACUGAAGUUGAGCAAGCCCCUGGGGGACUUUUGUUCACUUUCACAUGUCUGUAUAAAAAGGGACAAUAAAGACUUUUUUUUAUGCCACCUUUCACUAUGAUUCUGUGCAGAGAGAAAGGCCUGAUAGUGAAGCCCAUGUCCUCAUCAAACACAACUUUCUAUUUAUAGUCACCUUUUUGUGUCGACACACACAGCAUCUUUCUGUGUAAAAAGGAAGGACGCUGCACUGACAGAUACCCAGUAAUUACAUGCUUCCCAGUGCUGUUGAAUGAUAAUCUUAUAUCUCAAACAUCAGCUAUUUUACAUCUUUUUUUUAUUUAACUGUUUUACAAAAAUGGUUUAACACAGAGUUUAAAACUCUAAAGGUGCAAGAAAAGGGAAAAAAAUCCAUUAAAACUGGAGUUAGAAGGCAUUCACAAAACAACACUAUAUAUUACGCACAUUUGCACUACAGCAUCCCUUCAAAAUACCAGAUUUGUUAUUUACAGUGCUCUUGUUUAGUUUGACUGAGUCCAUGUAGAAAAGCAACAGUUGUUAAUACACGCCUGUACAUACUGUAUAUAAAAUGGGAUAUACUUUUGUAAAUGGAGUUGAUUGAUGGAUUAAAAUGUUUUCAUUUUCU